AUGCCGCAGGGCGAUAACGGAUGUCCUUCAACGACACAACAAAUCCAACGGCCUCCUCCGGCCGGGGAAUUAUCUUCAAACGACCCAGAAACGCAAACACCAGACUCCCAAUCCCAGAAACAGUCCAGAGAACCAGUAGCCUGGAGAGAUUUACCCCGGAAGAAGCAGCUCGUCAUCAUCACACUCGCCCGUAUGAGCGAGCCCUUGGUCCAGACAUCCCUGCAGUCCUACAUGUACUACCAACUGAAAUGGUUCAACCCUGAAUCUCCCGACGCCCUUAUAUCCAGCCAAGCGGGCAUCCUGCACGCCUCCUUCACGGCGGCGCAGUUCCUCACGGCCAUGGCAUGGGGCCGCGUCGCCGAUUCACGGAGGGCAGGCCGCAAGACGGUAUUGCUGAUCGGGUUGCUGGGCACGAGCCUUUCCUGCUUGGGGUUUGGCUUCUCAACCAGUUUCUGGCAGGCCCUGCUGUUUAGGACCCUGGGCGGGAGUACGAAUGGGAAUAUUGGCGUCAUGAGGACCAUGAUCUCAGAAAUCAUCCGUGAAAAGAAAUUCCAAGCCCGCGCAUUCCUCCUCAUGCCCAUGACCUUCAACAUCGGCGUCAUCAUCGGUCCCAUCCUCGGAGGCAUCCUCUCCGACCCGGCAGGCACGUACCCCCAUCUAUUCGGCCACGUCCCCUUCUUCAUCAACUUCCCCUACGCAACGCCCAACAUCGUCAGCUCCAUAUUCCUCCUGCUCGCCGCCGCAGCAGUAUGGCUGGGCCUCGACGAAACGCUCGACGCGCUGAGAGACGGCCCCCCCGACCUGGGAACCCGCGUGGGCAGAAAACUGGCCAAGUCUUUCCGCAGGAUAUUCCGCCGCCGUGAAAGGACGGGGUAUAUGCCGAUUCCGUCGAAUGUGCUGGAACUUGCCGCCGAUGGGAACGUGUCGAGUAAAUUGCCUGCGAGGCGGUAUACCCAGCGCUUACCGUUUCGGCGGAUAUUCACGCGAAACGUGGCGUUGACGCUGUUUGCCCAGUUCUUCCUGACUUUUCAUAUCGGGACGUUCCAAUCCCUCUGGUUUGUGUUUCUGUCAACUCCUGUUUUUGACCCUUCAGCUUCGAAUCACAAGACGAAACUACCGUUUCGGUUUACUGGUGGGAUAGGCCUGCACCCCCAGUCUGUUGGUAUGGCCAUGGCCAUCCUCGGAGUCAUUGGUAUCUCACUGCAGCUCCUGUUCUACCCUCGCAUGUCAGCCCGCCUAGGCACGUUAAUGUCGUGGCGUUUAUUCCUGCUCUUCUUCCCGAUAACAUACUUCCUCGUUCCGUAUCUGUCCGUCGUCCCCAGCACCUCUGAGCCGCCGCACAGCAAGACCGGGCCAGCGAUUUGGCUGUCAAUCUGCGGGGUGCUCUUUUUGCAAGUCAUGGGCCGGACUUUUGCGCUACCAAGUCAAGUUAUCCUUGUGAACAACUGCUCGCCGCAUCCAAGUGUGUUGGGGACCAUACACGGAUUGGGACAGAGCGUUAGUAGUUUUGCGAGGACGAUGGGACCCAUUACUGGUGGCGUUGUGUAUGGGUAUGGCCUGAGUAGAGGGUAUGUCGGGUUGGUGUUUUGGCUAUUGAGUUGCGUGGCUAUUUGUGCCUGCUUAGCAAGCUUGUUAGUAAAAGAGGGCGAUGGCCACGAAAUUUGGCUAGACGGCGAUGAGGACGAAGAACCCGUUGAAACCGGUAGAUAG